AAUUCUUCUCUUUCUCUCUCUCUCUCUCUCCUUCGCUCGGUUUCUAUCGCGCGGAUGCUCGCGCGCGAUCGCACCCGGCGACGAAACGUAGACGCGUAAUGACCGCGCUUCGGGAUCACUCCUAGCGAACGCGCGAUGCCAUUAACAGAACUGCGCGUAGGGUAGAAUGGGGGAGGGGCCCGUUCAAACGGCGAACCGUAAUUACUGCCGCCGCGACGAGGCCGCACUCUGGUGGCGACGCGAGAAACCGCCAAGUGGUGUUGAUCCGCCGAUCGACUUCGCCCAACGUGGCGUCAUCAUUCAAUGGAGGUCGAUAUUACGAGCGGCCAUCGCGUGUCGAUAAAAACGGUGAGAAUCGUGCUAGAAUCCUGUUAGUUUUCGAACACUUUGAAUCAGUCGUAUAGGUUAGAUUAUUACGGAGUUUAAAUGUCGUAAAAAGAAUUUACAAUCUUUUUUCAAGCUAUUUUUUAAACUUGUUGCUUGUAAUAUAAUGUGUUACAUGUGUAGUAAGAACACAUGAACCGAUACGCAACAAGUUAUUUCAGUGAGACAUACGAAUCGAUUGAUUACAAUAACGUGAUUGGAAAGCUCGAAUCUAAAACUCGCACAAAUACUCUGUCAACCCAUCGAACGUCUUUACUUUUCAAAACUCGUCAAAAACUCGCCAACGUGGAAAAUAGUAAUAUUCGUGAUUAACUUUGGACGUGAGAAGAAUGAGUUCGGGUAGAGCAAUACUUAAAGCCAAAUUGCCAGUGAUACCAGGCACGAAACCUUCCUUAAGAAAUUCACAGUUGCUUAUUUCAACAGGAAUACCUUCCUUGGAUAACACAAUAGGUGGAGGUUUACCUAUUGGCUCAAUAUUUUUAAUUGAGGAAGAUAAAUAUGGCUUUAAUGCUAAGGUUGUAUUGAAAUACUUUAUAGCAGAAGGAGUAGUUGUGUCACAGCCUAUACUAAUUGCAUCUCAAGAUGCCGAAUCUUCUCGAUUUGCAUCGAAUUUACCUGAAUUUAUAGGUGAUUCAGACCAUUAUGCAGAAACAACUCCACAUAAUACAGAUGAAAUACCAAUGAAAAUUGCUUGGCGAUAUCAGAAUAUGAAAACGGUAAAUCCAAUUCCACAAGGUCAAACAUUCGGUCAUUAUUAUGACCUCACGAAACGGAUGCAGCCGGAACUUUUGGAACGUGCUGAUAUAAAACAGUGGCAAUAUAAUGAAGAAAUGACAGUAGAUAAAAAUAAUAAAUUUGAGAAUGCUGCAUAUGCCGACUUGUUAUAUACUAUAGAAAAAACAUUACGCGAAGGACAUUAUUUUAUUUCUGAAACAUCAGAUGAAAAAAAGAUUUUAAGAAUUGCAAUUCAUUCUGUCGGAUCAAGACUGUGGCUUGCUGAUACAGAGACUGGCUCAAAUCGUGACUUAUUAAAAUUCUUAUAUUGCUUCAGAUCACUUUUAAGGAAUUCCUUUGCAGUCGGUGUAAUAACAGUACCAGUUAUUAAUUUUGAAAACGCUGGUACUAUUAUUGAGAGAAUCGAGCACUUGUCAGAUAUAGCAAUCAGAUUGGAAUCAUUUGCGGGAUCCAAAGAAAUCAAUCCAUUAUUUAAGGAAUAUCACGGUCUUUUGCAUAUUAAGAAAUUGUGUGCGUUAAAUGGUUUAUCACAUGGCGGAAUACAAUAUAGAGAUCUAGCAUUUAAGUUACGUCGUAAAAAGUUCCUCAUAGAGGUUUUACACUUACCGCCCGAAUUUGAGGAUACAACACAGCGAGAGCAAGAUGAAAUAGAAUCAUCUACUAUUGGAUGUGCAAGUGGAUCUCAUAUAAAGACAUUCGACUUUUAACUUCAUAUAUAUUGUACGAUUGAAUUUUGUACAGAUUUUAAAUGUGAUAAGUGAAAUAGAUAUUUUUUAUUUAUUAAUUAAAUGUAUAUUUUUUAUU